AGUUUUUGUGUGAAUAUUAUGUAAACAAAUGAUUACUUAAUCAGACAUUUGUAUUGACUGUACGUUACGUACCACUGAUCGCACUCUCGCUGUCACUGCGAGUGCCUCUCGCAGUGUAUAUCCGUUACAAUUAGCCCACAAAAGCAGUCAACCAUUCAUUCGCAUCAUAAUUGCCAUCACUUGCCAUACAAUCCAUGGAUUCGCAGAUCUCUGACGAAGAGUUUCAACGAUUGCAGACACAUUUAUUGGAGUUAAAGACAGAUAACUACGCGUUGGCUGAAGAGAAACGCCGUCACCAGCAGCUGAUCCAUGACUUAACCAAACGGGUGGAAGAGCUCGAGAAGCAGUUAUCUGUGGCCAAGACUGUCAACAAAAUAAAUCCGUUAUCGCUGGCGAGGAAUAUUGCCAAUAAAGUGGACCAUAAGUUGAGAUCAGACUCGAGAGGUGAUGACCAACAUCUGGUCACUGAGAAUGAGCUACUGAUCCGUCGUAUCGACGCUCAGGAACAGGAGUUUCGUGUCACUCAUAAUACGCUCAAAGAGGAGAUCCAGACACUGGUGGCCACCAACGAGUCGCUGAGGGAUCAGUUGAGAGCCCACGUGCCCGUUGAGUGCGAUUUGGGAACCAAUUCCAGUGAUAAUAGCCGCCAAUUGGAUGAUAACCGGGAUAUGAGUAGCGGUGGAUCGCGUGAUCAGAUAUCGUACGCCAUUUUGGCCGAAAAAGAGCGCUUAGAGCUGAAGAUCUGUGAUCUGGAGGAAGCGGUGAAUGGUUUGCGAAAAGAGAACCAAUCAUUGGUCACCAAAUUGGAUGAGUUUAAGAGGAAAUGCGAGGACACGGAACGCCUUCAGCAGGAGUUAAUGGACUCUCAGGCAAUGAUUGAGCGCCAGAACAGUCUGAUUGAGGAGAUGAGGGCACAUAAGAUGGAAAUGGAGGUGAAGUUUAAGGCCGACUGCGAGCGUAUACGCGGUGACCACCAGUCGAAAGUGGAUUCAUUGGAACAGCGAUUGAAAUCCAAAGAGGAGACCAUCGAUGCGCUUAAGGAUAGAGUGGAAGAACUUGCGGACAGAUUGCGUGACUCGGAAGCGAUCGGCAAAGAGAAUGAGAAACUGAUGAACGAAUUGGUCUCAUAUAAGGAUGAGUUGAGUCUUUGCCGGACACAGACUGAAGAGACUGUGGAGCGUAUGAACGAUGAGCACCGGGCGGUCGUGGAUGAGCUUCGCGUUAAGCAUCGCGAAGAUGUGGAGGUUAUUAGGCAGGAGUGCGAGGUCUAUAUGAGUCGAAUCCAGGACUUGGAGUCUGAGACGAGUCGUCUGAAUCAGAGGAUUGUCGACGACAUCGAAGACCGCAAAAUACACGACAAGAAAGGAGUUCUUAUGGUUAAGGAAUUGAAACGACAGUUACAUUCGGAGCGCAAAAGGGCGGACAAACUCCAGGAACGCCUACACGAGCUCUUGAACGAGUCGACGGCCUCCAUAUCCAGUGAUAUACAGCACAGGCAGCAGAAUCUUAGCCAUAAUGGCGGUGGAAAUGGCGACUCGAGUAGUGUCGGCUCAUGGAGUUUCAUGUCAGCCAAAGACAACAACAGCUCUCACCUCACGAGUGGACACAACCGGACCUUGAGUUUGCAUUCAAUGGGCUCGGAUGGGGGCCACGAUUCGACUACCAGUCCCGUGAGUCCGGCGCCUCUGUCUGUGACUGAUGGCGGAGGCGUUGCGAGGGAUGGCCUACUGUUGGAGAGAGAGAACAACGAACUCGUGGCCCGAAUAACGGCUUUACAACAGGAGAAGUGGACUCUCGAAGAGCGCAUCAAUCAGUUAGAGCUAAGUGUUGGCGCUCUCAGCGAUGAUAUUCAGCGUAAGACUGAUAUUAUUCAGUACUACUCGAUGGAGGGUAGGGCUGACCCACCUCUACACAGGUAUGGCAGCAGCGAUAAGCAGGCGGCGCUCCACUCAACCGAUAAGCUGACGGUUAAGAGGGUUAUGGACUUCAUUAAGGACAGGGGCGACGAGAAUAUGCGCGAAAUUAACCGCAAAGUGCAGCGCAUGCUGGAGGAGACCCUCACCAAAAACAUGCAUUUGCAGCAAAACCUGGACUCCCUGUCCCAGGAAGUGGUUAGACUCCAAGGGCUGGUCGACAGCGCCGGCAGUAAUGCUAUUAACGCGAACCUCACGACUACUAUUGAUAAUAAGGGCUAA